UGCGUACGCAAACAGGUCAUCCGCAUGCAUUAGGGGCGUAAAUGGAAAAGGCCUUGAAUCCUGGUCAAACAUCAUUUGGUGUGUAAACGCUGACAGACGAGGAGCAGGAGGCCACAUGAGAUCAGAGGCGGCCGUAUCCACGGCGACGUGCACGGUCGUGAAGGUCGGAAUAAUGUUGAUUAUGAUUAAAGCGCCGAAGGUCACGGGAGCGAUGCGAGUGAAGAUAACGCCGAUGUUCUCUCCAUCUUUAUCUCUCCUUUUCCCUCGGCGACGGAGCGCCGGGAUUCUUCUUCUUCUCCCCCGCGGCCGCACGCGGCCGAUGCCGAUGGUCUCUGCGAUAACUCCGGCUUUGACUGACGACUUCCCGCAGUGCGACCACGACGGCAAUUCAGAGUCCGAGGACACAGGUUUUGCCUCGGGGGCCCUCGAUGACAUCUGCAGCUCUGCCACUUCCGAGAAGCCCUUGAGCAAAGGCCCCGAACCUCCCGCUGCUCCGCAGACGGAGGCGGAGAGGAAGGAGAAACAUCUUUACCUUCUCAGAGAGAGGAACCACCGCCCCCGAAAACCAGCAGAGCCGUCGGCGUCGGCGAAGGUUUCACAUCACUAUCGAGAAGAGAGAAGAUGGGGGAGGGGGGGGGGGGUUAGAGUGGCAGCAGCAAAGACUGACAGUCUGCCAACAUUCAAAAAUCCCAAAACAGAUGCGGGAAAUAGAGUUCUUGAGGAUUUGAAAUGGGUUACUGUCGUCAAGUGAAACUUGUGAACCAAUAAUUUAAGAAAAUUAUAAGGAGGACACCUCAAAUAAUGAUGAGGAGGAGGAGGGUUGGACUCAGAAAAAAUUAAGCGAGGGAUUGUUGAAAUAAGGGCGGCGUGAGGUGAAAAAAGAGGGGGAUUCCCAUUAGAGAGACAGAUGAAGGGACGGCUGAGGAUGACAGCGACAUGUGACAGUGGGCGGCGAUGAUGGACAGAGAGAGGGCAGACGGAGAGGAAGAGCCCUCAUUUCCAAGGCUGAUCCGAGCCUCCGCCUCACGGGAAGAAUCACGGUUUCCUCCAGAGAGUUUUUCGCUCUGACAUCUUUGACGUUUGUGUUUCGUCCAUAAAAGAAAGAGUUCAAUAAAAAGAAACUUCCCGAUCUACCUUAAAGCGAUCGGGUUAUUUUGUCCAAACACGACAACAGAAUAUGACAAAAUCCUCCACGACGUUUGAAACUCAAAAGAUGACGAGAAAACUUGAUUUUACAUCAUGGAUAAAACACAAAUAUAUAUAUUGAUAUGCUAUCUAAUACCUUUAAAAAAAGAUUACAUCUAACCUGUCUCUGACUUUGUUAUAACUGUCCUAUGACUAUAUCAUGGAAUACUGUGCUGACUUGUUAUUUAACUUUUCAUGCCAUUUUUUCUUUUAAUGAAUUAUGUAUGGCAUAGUGUAUUAUGACAUAUGGCUUUGUAUAACUUUUUUAAUGCAUUUUUAAUGACACAUUUAUCUUUUUUUGUAACAUACUUUGACCUUAUUGACAUUUUUAUGUCAUUUGUAUACAAUUAUUUAUGUUUUAAACACUUAAUAUGCACUUAUCACUUUUUAUGACACACCAAGCUAACUAAAUUAUUUUAUGUUAUAUUAUUUAACUACUUUUUCCAGACAUUAUAGCGUCCAUGAUUUUUACGACGUUGAACUGUGACUUAUCAGAGGAUGAACGUCCUGCACCAGCUCAGGAUUUUCCUGCCACGGGAGAUUUGGAUCAGCCCCCAAAAACCACAGGAAGAGACUCCGAGGGUAAAUGAGGGCUGCGGGUUAACCCCUUUGGUGCCAACCUCCCCUUUAAUCCAAGAGUCAUACACCUCUGGAGUCAGAGAACGAGUUCGGACCUCUCACACCUCGGAGACAACGAGACAGAACACGUCAACCAAGACAACCGGACACGAGAGCAGGGUUGUCCUGGAGGCUGCCUCGAUGAUAUAUAAGAGUUAUUAUAAGUGAAAUGACAGCAUAGAUUUAAAAUGGUAAUUACAAACUGUUUUAGAGUUUUAUAUAUGCAUAUGUGUUGUA